AUGUUUGUCCUCAGCCCGCUUGUCUGGGGAUCUUACCUGCUGCUUUUCUUCUGCUUUGCUUUGUCUCAGACUGCGUACGCUGACAAUGUCUUCUCACUUUCAGCAGAUCUCCCUUGUUUGGAACAGAAGAAGCAGCACUGCAGAGCGUCCUGCCUCCUUGGCCCUCCUCCACCACCCCUGUUCCCACCACCGUACUUCAGGCACAGCUGGAGCACUAAGCUGGAUAUGGAAGAGUUGUGUCAUGAGCUCCAGAUAAUACAGGCUUCCUCUCUGCCUGAAUUGCACUGUUCUGCAGGGCUUCCUGGCCCCCAGGGCCCACAAGGAAUUCCUGGUAUAAUGGGACCAAAAGGGGAGAAAGGGGAGAUUGGCAGGCCUGGAAGAAAGGGCAGACCAGGUCCCCCGGGCGUCCCUGGGAUGCCGGGACCUGUAGGAUGGCCUGGACCUGUGGGACCGAAGGGUGAAAAGGGAGAGUUGGGUGUGAUGGGAUUGCCAGGUACAAGAGGACCAAUGGGCUCCAAGGGUUUUCCUGGAACUAGAGGAGAAAAGGGAUCCAGAGGUGACAGAGGUGACAAAGGAGUCAAAGGAGACCCGGGAGAAAUAGGCUUUCCUGGAAUGCUGGGACAAAAAGGAGAGAUGGGCCCCAAGGGACAGUCUGGAGUACCAGGACACAGAGGACCUAUAGGAAGACCUGGAAAACGAGGCAAACAAGGACUCAAGGGAGACAUUGGACCGGCAGGUGUCAUGGGCCCACCUGGCAGGCCUGGCCCUGUUGGCCAGCCGGGCCCCCCUGGACCGUCAGGACUAGGGCAAUUCGCAAUAGGACCAAAAGGAGAAAGAGGACUUCCAGGGCCUCCAGGGAGAUGUCUCUGCAGAACCCCACAGCAUAUGAGUAACCCAUCAUAUGAGCAAUCUGUGUUUGGACACAGCUACCCAAAAGUUCCCGCGAUUUUUGUGGUGAAUAAUCAAGAAGAAUUGGACCGGUUAAACACUGAAAACGCGUUAGCGUUUAGAAGAGAUCAAAGAUCUUUGUAUUUCAAGGAUACCUUUGGAUGGCUCCCAGUCCAGCUCACCCCUUUGUACCCUGUGGAUUACCGCUUCGAGGAUGGGGGUACCUGUGGAGAUGGCAUCGUGCAGGAUGGGGAGGAGUGCGACGAUGGCAAUGCAGUUGUGACUGAUGACUGUAUAAGGUGCCGCCGUGCUUACUGUGGAGAUGGCUACAAGCACGAGGGGGUUGAAGACUGCGAUGGGAUGGAUUUUGGAUAUUUGACAUGUAGAACAUACCUUCCUGGGUCUUAUGGAAAAUUGCGCUGCACUUCUUACUGCUACAUUGACUCUACACAGUGUCGAUACUUCACAUGA